GGGCAUCAUCAACUAGUGUGGGUGUGGCCCCCGGAUUCCUGUGAACGCAAAGGAGGAGGAAGAGGGCCGAAAUCUUGGAGGAGACUGUGAAGCGAUGGCGUCGACUUCAACAACAUUUUCCAUCUCCUCAUCAUCAACCCUGAUAGACGGCAAAGCUCCUCGCCAAUCGGCCGCCGUCAGCCUCCCAACACUCCCUCCGCCUCCCAUGGCUGUUCCUUCUCAGUCGGUUCGUGAUACCUGGACUUCUACUGCCUAUUGUCGUAAGAUCUCCCGGAAUGUUGUCGCAAUGGCCACAGGAGAAACAUCAGCCGAAGUUACCGCAGCUGAGCUACCUGAUGAGAUCGUAAAAUCCAUUCAAGAAGCAUGGGAGAAGCUGGAAGACAAAUACGCUGUGACUUCUCUUGCAUUGGCCGGUGCGGUUGGGCUCUGGGUCUCCACUGGCAUGAUCUCGGCGAUUGAUAGGCUUCCGUUAGUCCCUGGUGUGCUGGAGCUCGUUGGAAUCGGUUACACAGGGUGGUUUGCUUAUCAGAACCUGGUAUUCAAACCUUCCAGGGAAGCUUUGAUCAAUAAAAUCAAAGACACUUACAAGGAUAUCAUUGGGAGCAGCUGAUCGAUGAUGAAGAACUGAUGUCAUUGUCCUUAGAGACCAGAGCCCAUCUCUUCCCUUCUCUUUUGGUUCUGAAGC